AUGGCUGUUCCUUCGUGCUUCGAGGAGGUCAAGACUCACCUUGCCCAGGUCCAGGAGGACCCCUCCACGCCCUUAGACAUCGCUCUCAUCGACAAAUUAAAGCUGCAGCUGGUUGAAUCCACUCCGCCCACCGUCGCCGCCACCCUCUUAUCGCAGAUCUCAGCUCUGCUCCCCGUCCUCCAAGAAGACCCAGAGCCUCUGACAACCUUAGGGAUAAAGGCCACGAUUCCCUUCAGCUUCACCGACCUCCGCGUCAUUGAUCCUCCCAUCGACUUCGUCGCAGGCUUCAAGGCACCUUCCCCGCCGAUCAACCUGCUCGCUCUAUCCCUGCUAGGCAAGGCAGGACAAGCAUCCAGCGAUGCGGCCAUAGUCUCGGGAGACUCGGAUCUGAUAGUAUCGCUUGUGGAGCUGUGGCUGUCGACUUCCUCGGCUGCUGUCGCGCAGGCGGCACUCGACACGCUAUGGGCGCUUCUCGAGGUCGACUUGGCUAGUCCCCUCGAGACGGAGGAAUAUGACCACACCGCCCAGAAUGUCCAUGCGGGACAGGGGCUGAUGUGGCGGCGGGUAUUCACGGAUAAGGAUGUCUACGGACUUCUCUUUGGCCUGUGCAGCCUCAAGGACGAUGCACCAGGGGAUCUGAGCAAGCGCAACCGGACCGUGGCCCAGGCCAGGCUUAUGGUCUUCCUCACAAAAGCUGGAGGCGUGCGGUGGGACAUAAUAUCGCAGUCCCAGGUGCCAGAUAUCGAAGCAAAGUACGACAGCAGCAGCCUGCUCCACUUCGCCGCCUGCCAGAUGGUCGAUCAGAGCGACGUGUUGAUGCAUAUGACUUUGCUGAAUUUCUUCCGUGACUUGUUGGAGAUUGAUGCCCCCGGCCUCGUAGCCCGGAGCUAUGUACAGUCUGCAUCAACCUUUUCAUCACCCGCGCUUGACUUUUUGAGCUCCCAGAAGCUCCACCGGAAGGUGUUGGAAUACUACCUUGAUGAAUCGAAGUUAGAUGUGGUGGAUGCUCGCUUUCUCGCUGGACCGGUCAUGGUUUAUGUGGCACGAUAUGCCGAGUCAUACCCCAAUCACCUCUUACAGAAUCCUCCUCCACUUCUUGAUGGGAUCAUCUCGCGCAUUAAUCGAGCUCUCGCCAUUCCCUCUGCUCAAUGGGCACACGGUGAAGCCCCCGCCGGACAUCUCGCUGUCUUGGCCUCGCUGCCGCGAGUGCUGCUUGUGGAGGCUGGCAAGCAUGGUGCAAAUCCGAUUCUGAAAAUCCCCACCACGCCUCCGAAUGAAGAAGCCUUGAAUGCAUUGGGCAAGAUCUUCCGUGGUCCACUCCGCACGGAAAUGUCUGAUUCAAUGGAUCUCAACACGUCCGGUCAAACCCCAACAGACUGGCAGCACGAAGCAGCCGCAGCGCGCGUGCUUUACUUCCUCUACUUGAACAACCGACCUACCUUUUGGUCUGACGUUGUGGCAGCCGCGGAUAUCAUGGCGAUGAAGGAUGUCGCUCUGGCAGCAAUCAAUUUCAUGAAGGCCGUCGUUAUCGCCAACUGGCAGCCAUUACCUCCUGCAUCUCACGUGUCUAAUGCCUCCUCGUCCCGGUACCAAUUGCCAGCAGAAGAGAGUCUCGGUCAAGUAUCCCCCGCCAGCAGCGGACUGCUACCUAUAUCCGGGGCAUGGGCUACGCUCACUCCGCCGGCACUGACAACACUGCUACCUUACCUGUUCAAACCACCGAAAUCAUACGCGGAUUUUGUGGGUGGUGGUGCGGGUGAUUCUCAGAAUGCAGUGUGGAAGGUGGCGACUGCUAAGCACGACGUACUAGUGGCACUGUAUAGCCAGCUUCGUGAGCAGGGCGGGCAGAUGGAAGGAUUUGAAGAUAUUAUGCGGACCCUGCGGCAGCGGGUGAACGAAGGACCGUGGGGACCAGUCACUGGCGGCGCCAACCAGGUAGAGGCUGUCGGACUAUGA